AUGAACGGCGUAGCCAACCGUGGGGACAGACUACCCAAUAUCCACAACGACACAGCGUUCACGACAAACCUAGUGGACGCAAAAAUAAUCCAGGAAUGCACUCACCAGUUGCUCAUCAACGAAAAGGCAAAAGUAAAAAGCGGGGAAAGCGAAGGAGAGGCCAUAAUACAGAUAAGAGAAAUUGGGCUAAACUAUUUUGGGAAUAUAUUUGAGGAUGGCAAAAUAUCAGGAGAAGAGUGCUGUCUCAUGAUAAGCAAAUGGAUCUAUGACUUGUGUCUCCAGAAUAGCCCCCUCUUUCGCAACAAUAUGGUGUUAGAAUUCGGUGCAGUGAGUGGACUAGCCAGCAUUUCGCUUUUCACGCAUGCUAACAUUUUUUGCAACAGAACUAAUCAAGGAUCGAACCAAGUAUUCAUUACCGAUGUCAACACAUUCACUCUAAUAACAUUUCGCAUAAUGUCCUAUUAA